CAAUAAUAGUUCAGUUGUUCGUCCGACGUCUGGCAAUGAAUAAGGCAGAUACCGAUAGUGAUGACGACUAUAUGUCAGAUGCAGUGCUUGCUAUGUGUGAGGACAAAAGACCUGGCCUUGUCAGUCGAAAUCAAGCUAGGUUCAAUCAAACUGAAACCAAAUCACACAAAUCUGCAAUAAAGAAUACAGUAAAAAGCAAGAAACAGCAAGAGAGAGAAAUGAGGGACUCUGGUCUGAGCAAAGCCAUUACUCAGGAUAACAAGGGCUUUGCACUUCUUCAAAAAAUGGGAUAUCAACCUGGCAUGGCUCUUGGGAGAGAUGCUAGUAAAGGCAGGUUAGAACCAGUGGGUAUACAAAUUAAAGCAGGUAGAGGAGGACUGGGACAAGAAACUGCUAUAAAAGAGAGGCAAGUUGAGGUAGAAACAAUGAGAGCGAGCUGGAAAGGAAAACGAAAAAUGAUGGAUCAGAACCUUAAGGAGGAAUUUAUGAAAAAGCAAAGGGGAAAGUUAGAAGACAGAGACAUAGAAAGGGACUUAAAACAGAGUCAACUAGUCUGUUAUCAACUAGAUGAACGUGAGGAGGUCGACGUUCCUGUAGAACCAUGGUUUUGGCCUGCAGUUAUCAUGAAGGGUGAAGAGGAAGAAGAGGAUGAUGUUGAUGAGGAAGAUGAAGCUAAGGAGGAAAGCACAGAUAUUGAGCCAAAAGAAAAAUUAGAGUAUCUGACUUGCUACCUCAGAAAUAGACAUACCUACUGCCUCUGGUGUGGCACAACAUAUACAGAUCAAGAAGACAUGAAGCAGAAUUGUCCUGGCGAUACAGCGAUAGCACACAAAUAGCUACAGAACAACUGAUUGAGGAAAUCUUGCAGAUGGCACACUGAUCACACGAUGGCUAACUGGGGACAGGACUUGGGCGUGUGUCACAGCCCACUGACGUCAGAUAAUGAGCUGAGGAAGACGAGGCGCACGUUUAGUCUCGAUCAACUGCAGCAGGGCUUCCAGCAGAGGCAACUGCAGGAGAAGGAACGGAAGCUAUCAGAGAUGUACGACAACCACACAAGGAGGGCGAUGGAGAAGACUCUUGGUAGUCCCUACCAAGGCAUUAUGAGGAGGGCCAACUCUACUAAUAGUUUAUCAAAAGGCUAUGUUCGGCAGUUUUUUCUGGAGCGCAGAGAAAUGGAGCAAAGAGGCGUUGGCCCCAUACCCCCUAUAGACUGGCAUUUCAAGAUGAACAAACAGAAAGUUAAAAACGUGAACGCUGAGUCGCUACCUAGUUCUUCAAGGACUACCCCAGAGGUGCUGCCACCAAUCCACACACACGCCCCAAGCAAUUCGAUAGCACGUCCGCAGUUGCAUGGCGGGUUAAUAUCACCAGACUCGGUGUCCAUCGCAAGAACGUUGCAAUCAACAGUUGCUGGGCCAGCCAGUGGCAUGAACUUGACAUCGAAUUUCACACAGCCGAGGGAGAUGCGAAGCCAGAGGCAGCGUCAGUACCAGCAGGGUGGCAGAUAAGCAUGUUUACACCUGGCGUAUGCACGUGCUGUUAGCUUUUAAUUGGGCUAUGGUGGAUAGAAGAACUUUGACCUCCCAGAAUGAAUGCCCUAUGUAAAGAUACUCGCUUCUGGAAAAACCAUAGUUAGCAAGAGUUAGUAACAAAACAUGUUUCAAAACUUUGUUUGCAAGUCGAUCAUUUUGGAAAUCAAUGAAAUGAAAUUUCAUUCAAUUGAAAGUGUGGUUUGUUUCGUAUGUGCCUGUCAUAGUUCAUAUCUCCUGUUUUUGUGCAUUAAAUUAAUAACAGUGUUGUGCAAGUUUUAAUGUACUGCAGGGAAAGGUUAAUUUCUCUAUGUAUAUAAAUACUGACACAAUGCAAUACAACUGACGUCAUGUCACUAAAGUUGUGUUUUACACAUUAGUGAUUCGGCCAUUAAGUUUCAUCGAUCAUCAGUUGAUUCACAAUUAAAUUUCAGCGCUAUGACAAACUGUCAGUUAAAAGAUUGAUAGCUGUUGUUAUGGGGUUAAUUACGAGGUGAUGAUCUUGAUGCGUGAUAAAUAUACAUGAUAAAGAUGUGUUCGCAAUCGGUGACUUGCACAGUUUCAUUAUCUGAAAGUAAGUAUUUUAUACAUGGACUAACAGUAAUCUGCAAAAAGAUAAUGAAUAAUGAACUACUGCGAAGAGCAA